CAAAAAGCUCGAACUUGGAGUGAAGCACAAGAAACUGUAGAGAACGAAGGCACGAAGAACGAAGAACUCGCCAUAACCGAAGCAAUAAUUUAGAGAUCAAUGGUUUUGCUAAUGCUUCACUCGAAAGAUAAACCUAAUCUGCUUUUUUGUUAUUAUUUAUCCUGCGGAUGAACGAUCAUUGAAAAUCCGCUCGAUGAUUUGUGGAAACCUGCGUUUGCUUCCGAUUCAAGUGUAUUUAUUUGUGUGUUGACUAAAAGUAUUGUAAUAUUAUCAUUAGUCAAUGAUACUGCUGGCCAAUCACUGCGGAGAUGCUUCGAAAUCGAGUUUUGCAAUAGUGUAAUGAUGAUUUGAGUAUUUUAAUCGGAUAUUUGUUUAUUUAGUCGCAAAUUCUAUCUGAUUUUUGGUUUUAUGGUGUUUUUGGUUUGACCGGUGUUUAAAAAAACCUGUUCAAAUUCAUCGUUUAAUUCAUUGCCGAAGGGAGAAAGGGACGAGCGAGCCGUCAAUCUGCGGUCGGUCGGAAAGGGUUAGAAAAUCCUCAGAAAAAGACGAAAUAAGAAAUAGCGAUUCUUUUCUCACCUAUAUAUAUAGAUGUAGACACAUAAUCACGCACAAACGUUCGAGUCUAUCUUUUUCGUUCGGUGCUCUAUAUUAUUUUUCACAUCUUUAUGGCAAUGUUACUAAGAACGAUGAAGCUGCGGAAAUGGCGGAUUUAGUCAACAGCUUAGGUAUUCCGGGGAGCUUUUGAGUGUUUGAUCGUCAACCAUCACUGUUGCUAAUGGUGUCUCUCCAUAAUAAUACAAGUUGGAAAAUGUAUGUAUAUCUUGUCUUAUGUAUUACUUAGGUACCACUGAACUUAUUUACAAGCAAAGUAUUUGCUUGGCGGUGCUUCUCUGUUGCCUUUGCAAGUUAAUAACAAGGCUGUGGCAUCAGCAGUUGUUCCCAUUGGAUUUGUCUUUGAAAAGAGAGAGAUUCGUCAGUUUUGCUAUGGAGUCAUCCAAAAAUCAACAUUUUGUGCCAUUCCAUCCUUCUGAACAUGGAGCUGAUGAUCAUGGUCCUGCAUCACAUCUUGUGAAUGUUGAUCCUUCAGGACAUGCCAAUAUGAGUUCAAGGUCUUCAAAUAUUUUCUCAGAAAAUAAACCCGUACUCAAUUACUCAAUACAGACUGGUGAAGAGUUUGCUCUUGAGUUUAUGCGAGACCGGGUUAAUCCCAGGAAGCCAUCUAUUCCAAAUGCACCUGGGGAUUCCAGUUAUCCGCCUGUUUACAUGGAGCUCAAAGGUAUUUUAGGUAUUAGUCAUACUGGUUCUGAAGCUGGCUCAGAUAUCUCUAUGCUUGCCUCAGCAGAAAAUUCUACAAGGGGUUUCGAGCCACAUAGUUUGUCUUCACUUGGGAACCAGGGUAACCAUCGAUCAUCAUUUGAUUCUGUACAACCCGUGCCACAUGCUUUAUCAGAUUCUAAUAUUCAUCCCACGCUUACACAUACCACGUCAGGAGCAUCUGAUAGCUCGUCAACCAAACUCAAGAUUCUUUGCAGUUUUGGUGGUAGAAUCCUGCCUCGCCCAAGUGAUGGAAAACUGAGAUAUGUUGGUGGAGAAACACGCAUAAUCCGAAUAAACAAGCACAUUACGUGGAAAGACUUGUGGCAGAAAGCCUCUUUGAUUUAUGAUGAAACAUGUGCUAUAAAAUACCAGCUCCCAGGAGAGGAUCUUGAUGCUUUGGUGUCCAUAUCAAGUGAUGAAGAUUUACUGAACAUGAUGGAGGAAUGCAAUAUUGGGGAAGAUGGAGAAGGAUCAAAAAGACUUCGGAUGUUUCUAUUUUCUCCUGGAGAUUUGGAUGAUGCUCAUUUCACUCUGGCAAAUUCUGAUGGUGACGCAGAGAUGAAGUAUGUUGUUGCUGUCAAUGGCAUGGACUUUGGAUCUCGAAAACGCUCUACUUUACGAGGCUUAUCAAACUCUUCCAGAAGCAAUUUAAACGAGUUAGACGCACUGAAUGCUGAUGGAGACCCUAGUACUGCCACUGAACUUAUGGGAUUUAGUAACUCAAAUUUAUCAGGCUUCAAUGCCCUGCCAGCAGCAAUUGAUCCUUCCAAUUAUGUUGCUCCAACAUUUAACAUUGCUGAAACUGGUUUGCAUAUGUAUCAUGGCCAGUCUGUGCACUAUGAUCAUGAAAGACGACAUUCUCCUCAAUUUGGCUACGAUUUUCAGUCACCAUAUGAUAUGGCUUCUGAUAGUACUGCAACGCAAUCUUUUUAUGGACAUGAAGGGAAGACUUUGGAUAGCUCAGGUACAAUGGGCGCUGUACCAGUGCAAGAAAAGCAAGCAAAAAUGAAAGUUGAUUCCUUUCCUGAACCUGACAGUGGAAAUGAUUAUAUUACUUCACAGGCACACAGUGAUAAUACUAAAGGCAGUUUUCCUGUGGAAGAGUCAUCCAUCUUGGCCACUAAUCUGGACAGAGAAUUUUCUGCAAAGGCUUUAAGGGGGAAUGCAAUGGCUGGGGAAUCUGCACAUGUCUCUAAGCCUCUUGAUACUGUUACUCAGACUGAGCUCCAUACUUCUGACAGUAAGGAGCAGUCUACCUUUGACACUGCUCCUGUUUCUGAUUCCAUCAACUCGAAAUCUGAUAUUGCAGAUUUGAGCUACAUUGGGUCACCUAUUGCCCCUCAGAGGGUCUUCCGCUCUGUGUGGAUUCCUCGAGAGCAGGCAGAAUUGCAUAGCAGAAUAUCAAAGUCAGAUGAUUCACAUGCUUCUCAGUUUCUUGUUAACCAGGCACAAACUGAUCAUUCUGAGCAAGCUACGAAUGCAACCUCUGUUGAAAAUUUACAAAAAGGGAAUAUGGCAAUUCCAACUCAACCGUCAUCUUCUAGUGAGAAGCCUUUCCCCGAAGAACCUGAAACCCUCCAGGAUGGGGUUUCCACAACUCAAAAGCCAAAGCCAGCAGAGCACCUUGAAAAUCAAGUUCUCAAGGGAGAAACAGAACCUGGACUAAACAACACCGCUGUGAGCCAUGAGAAUUCCAUGAAACAAUCUGACGAAUGUAAUCCUUGGGCUGGGGGGGUUCAAACUCACUUUGUUCUUAGUGAUACCCAUGGUUAUCCUCAACCUUCAACAAGGACAGCCACUGAGGAAGAAUCCAAUGUUGACCUUCCAAAGAAUGAGCAGGGAGAUAUUCUUAUUGAUAUCAAUGAUCGGUUCCCUCGUGAUCUUCUUUCUGAUAUUUUCUCUAAAGCUGUACUUUCUGAUAGUUCGUCUGAUUUUGGUCCCAUACAAGGUGAUAGAGCUGGCUUAAGUGUGAACAUAGAAAACCAUGAUCCUAAACACUGGUCCUUCUUUAAGAAACUGGCAGGGGAUGACUUUACAAAAAGGGAUGUUUCUCUCAUUGAUCAAGAUCAUGUAGCAUUACCAUCUGGCCUUGCAAAAGUUGAAGAGGAGGCUCCUUUAGCCUAUGAUUUCAUGCCAGCUAGGAGAGAUGAAAUUCUUCAGAGUCACAAGGGACUGCCUGGGAGAAAAGGUGAAGAUGACCAGAAUGCCAUCUCUAGUGGUGUUGGAGCUGUCUCCACAACAGUUCAUUCUAAUUUUGAUGCAUCACACGUGAAAGUGAGCGAAGGCUUGCAAAAUGAUGAUUUGGUUGAUGAUAUGAGAAAUCGAGAUUUGGAAUAUGAGGAUGAAAGUGGAACUGUUGACGUGCCUCCUUUAGAUCCUUCUUUGGUGGAUAUUGAUAUCAGCUCAUUGCAGAUUAUAAAGAAUGCUGAUCUCGAGGAACUGAGGGAACUUGGUUCUGGCACAUUUGGGACUGUAUAUCAUGGAAGAUGGAGAGGCUCAGAUGUAGCUAUCAAGCGCAUCAAAAAGAGUUGCUUCACCGGCCGUCAAUCAGAGCAAGAAAGACUGACAAUUGAAUUUUGGAGGGAAGCUGAAAUUCUCUCAAAGCUUCACCAUCCAAAUGUCGUUGCAUUUUACGGUGUGGUACAAGAUGGACCAGGGGGGACAUUGGCUACUGUGACGGAAUUCAUGGUGGAUGGUUCUCUGAGACACGUCCUACUUCAGAAAGGAAGGAAUCUUGAUCGGCGCAAGAGGCUCAUAAUUGCCAUGGAUGCAGCUUUCGGAAUGGAGUAUCUGCAUUCAAAGAACAUAGUGCACUUUGAUCUAAAAUGUGACAAUUUGCUAGUUAACUUGAAAGAUCCUACGAGACCUAUCUGCAAGGUUGGGGAUUUUGGCUUGUCCAAAAUAAAGAGGAACACCUUGGUUUCUGGUGGAGUUCGGGGAACUCUUCCAUGGAUGGCUCCGGAGCUGCUAAAUGGGAGUAGCAAUAAGGUUUCCGAGAAAGUCGAUGUUUUUUCAUUUGGUAUUGUCUUGUGGGAGAUACUCACGGGGGAGGAACCGUAUGCCAACAUGCAUUAUGGUGCCAUCAUAGGCGGGAUCGUGAACAACACAUUGAGGCCAACCAUUCCGAGCUAUUGCGACGCAGAAUGGAGAAGAUUGAUGGAGCAAUGUUGGGCACCUAAUCCUUCAUUAAGGCCGUCUUUCACGGAAAUAGCGAGCCGGCUGCGCGUAAUGUCUACCGCGGCACAGACAAAGAAGGCUGCCUCGGGUUCUUAGGUAAGAAAACUGUUUGUUUUUGUAUUGUCUUUUAAUCAAAAUCGAUAAAUUUGUUGAUUCAAUUCGAUGUGUGUACUAACUAUGAAGUUCUGCAAAAAAAUGGUGGUCUUGCUGUAAUUUAUGGAUA